AUGGAGUUUAAGAUUGAUGACUCCAGUAAUGAAGAACAGGAUCAAGAUGAUAAUAUGACUCAAGAUUCUUCUAGAGUAGACCAAAUUCUGUUAGCAAUUCCUACAUUAUCAGCUGUUAGAACAGUUGAUGAGCCCUAUAUGGGUCAGGAGUUCGUAUCAGAAGCUGAAGCACAUGCGUUUUAUAAUGCAUAUGCUACACGCGUUGGAUUCGUCACACGUGGAGAGCAUAUGCUGAUUUUUUGGUGA